AUGUCGAACGAACAAAGACGGCGGCUGUUAGAUCUCCCCGCCGAGACUCUUCACGAGAUCCUUCGCUACCUCCGGGCCGAGACGCCGUCCAUCUUACCCUCCGAUUUGUGCAGAGUGUCUCUGACCUGCAAGCGCCUGAGCUAUCUGGCGCAGGAGCAUCUCUAUCACCGCUACCAUGCCGAGUUAGAAACUUCAGAGGAACCUACGUAUCAACUCAUUCGCACGCUCGAACGCAGGCCCGAAUUCAAAGCCUUGAUCAAACAUGUCAGCAUAACAUGUAGCGGGCACGCUUGGCCGGUGCCAGUUAUGAGAGCGGCAACGGAAGCAGAUGCCCUCAUCGGGGCUGCGGAAGUAAGAGGAUAUCCAAACAUCAGCGCUCUGUGGCAUUCUCUCCGCAGCGGUUUGGGCGACGCAAUGUCGGCAUACCUCAGUCUUCUACUGCCCAAAUUAGAGGUAUUGAAUGUGAGGGGGGCAGAAGUAUGCGCGGAUGUGCCCAGUUGCGUUCUUGACGUCCUAUGUUCCGCUGCCCUACGCCCGUGGUGGUGCGGGCUUCACGGGUUUUGUCAACUCUCGGUCCUGGAGCUCACAUUUCAGUCUUUUACGGAUAUCCCUGGCGCGCUUUUUACGAUACCGUCCUUGCGCAAGGUCUGUCUCGGCAACGUUUACUUCGCUACCGCCGAGCCUUCGCGUUGGACAUGCCGGCCCUACACAUCUCCAGUAACGGAGCUCUCAUUGCGCGUCCAUGAAUAUGGAGCGCCGGAGAUGCGGACUGUCUUACAGAGCUUCGCCGAGCUCAGAGAAUUCCGCCUGGACACGCUCCGUGUGCCAGUCAAUGUCGCGCGAAUGCCGUCUUCGAUCUAUCCGGCUUUGGAGACUCAGAAGCACUCUCUCGAACGCAUCGCUGUACUGACCUACGAUUGCUACAGCUACAAGCCCCUGGGAGCAUGGCCAAUCCCGGUCAUGUAUCCGAUGCCUAGCUUGCGCGACUUCAUCAAACUUAGAGGUCUCGCUCUUACCGAUGCGGCUCUUGUUGGCAACGGGACUAACGGCUUCCAUCACUGGCACAAUGAGAAAACAGUGACCCUCCAGUACUUGAGCAAGAUGUUUCCCCCAUCGCUCGAAUGCUUUUCGCAUGUCACCUGGGGUGGAGACUACCACGAGACUUUUGCGGGCGUCGACAAGCAAGGGACAAGAGAUAGUCGCUGGCCAGAUAUAUGGAGCGCCUUGGCCGAAAAAGCGCUGUUCCCCAGCUUGAGAAAGGUUAAGCAGCUAUACUAUACCAAUAAUGGUGGUGAUUGGGACUUGCUGCAUGAGAUCUGGCCGCGCCACACGGGCAAGCGUACAGAUGACACUGUCUCUUGA